CUUCCCUUUGGGGUGGGUCCCGGGGCGGCGUGAGGAGAGAGCUCGCGCGCGCGCACCGGUCUACCCUCUCAGCUCCGCUCCUCCGCCAUGGCUGCCUACCGCCUCGUCCUCGUCCGCCACGGCGAGAGCGCCUGGAACCUGGAAAACCGCUUCAGCGGUUGGUACGACGCCGAUCUCAGCCCCGCCGGUCAGCAAGAGGCUCGGCGCGGCGGCGAGGCUCUCCGAGAUGCAGGCUACGAGUUCGAUAUUUGCUUCACUUCGGUACAGAAACGUGCAAUCCGUACCCUCUGGACCGUUUUGGAUGUCAUUGAUCAGAUGUGGUUACCCGUUAUCCGAACCUGGCGUCUGAACGAGAGGCAUUAUGGGGCACUCACGGGUUUGAAUAAGGCUGAGACGGCAGCAAAGCAUGGCGAGGCACAGGUGAAGAUCUGGAGGCGUUCAUACGACAUCCCUCCGCCUCCCAUGCAGUCUGAUCACCCCUUCUACAGCACCAUCAGCAAGGACCGUCGCUACGCUGACCUGACAGAGGACCAGCUGCCAACGUGCGAGAGCCUGAAGGAUACCAUUGCCCGUGCUCUGCCAUUCUGGAACGAGGAAAUCGUCCCACAGAUCAAAGAGGGAAAGCGAGUCCUUAUUGCUGCUCAUGGCAACAGCCUACGUGGGAUUGUCAAACACCUGGAAGGCAUGUCGGAAGAGGCCAUCAUGGAGCUGAACCUGCCCACUGGCAUCCCUAUUGUCUACGAGCUGGACAAGAACCUGAAACCCAUCAAGCCCAUGCAGUUCCUGGGGGAUGAGGAGACGGUGCGCAAGGCCAUGGAGGCUGUUGCUGCUCAGGGCAAGGUCAAGAAGUGAGGGUGGGCAGUGGGCUAGUAUGUAGUAGAGCCCCCCCACCAUCCCCCACCCCUCUGUGCACACCCUCCACAGCUGUAGGAACCUGGAGCUGCAGAGCUGGAGCAGCUCCCCAGGAUUUAGGCCCCUUCCCCUAGGACCAGGCUCCCCUCUGCAGACAGCCCAGGGGCGAGGGGCCAUGUGCGUGGAGAUGUGGUGUGAAAGGGAGCCCCAGCUCUGCUGGGCCGUGACUGCGCACCUCUCCCCACCGAGAUCCCAGCCCUCGGGCCCUGUCUGCAGGGGGAUGUGCCGAGUGGUCCCUCCCUGUGCCGGGCUCCUUCUCUGCUUUGCUUCCCUGGCAGCUCUCCUUGCCUGGGUACUGUUGUUUUGUUGCUUGAUUUAGUCACCCCGGGGGUGAGCGCAGCACAGCCAGUAGCCAAGAUGGGUACCCCAUCCCCUGGGCAGGGGCUGCACGGCACAAGGACUGGGAUGCAUUGGUGCUGCGAGGGUUUUGUUGCAUGUGGUACUUGUGACUCUGGACCUAGCUCUGCCAGCCCCUGCUUUAACUUAUUGCCUCUGGACAAGGGCGAGGGAGGGACCCUGUCUUCUGGAGGUCCGUGUCUGCCACAUCCCCCCCAGCCGAAGCCCAUCCCAGUUGCACCGGUGCAGCAGGUGCCGUUGCACCCCCAUCCCACGUGCAUAUACACGGCCCUGCCACUGCGGCCUCCCCCACUGCUGGUACUGCGAGCCCAGGCUUGUGCCAGGUCAUUUCAACUGUCUGACAAUAGCAGCUGUCUUGUUCCAGUUCAAUAAAUAAAGAGUAACGCGCAAUAA